CAGAAAGUCUUUGCUUUUCCAAUGGAAAAUUGAAAAGAAUAAAAAAACUUUGAAUUGAUAGGAAGGGAAAUAUUUUUCUGUAACACAAUUUGGACCGAAAAUGUGGCGACCUUCGUUCACAAUAUUUCGGAAAGUUAUUCUGCCAUCUUUGAAAGAAGAUGUUAGUAUAUCUAAACUGUUCCAUUCGUCUAAAGGCCGGGCGCCAAGGUCGACUGCAAAGAUUACACUCAUCGGUGCAAGUAUCGGCGCCCUGAUAGGGGUAGGAUAUGGAGGUUAUACGCAUUACAAAAUAAAUGUAAAGAAAGACUUUUCCGUGGUAGAGAAUGAAGAAUAUGCGUUCUUGAAGGAAGCUCCACAUUACAUGCCUCAUUUUAAGAUUGUGAAUGAAGAAGACACAAGCAAUUUGAAGCUCGUCCUGUUCCAAUAUCGGACCUGUCCAUUCUGCUGCAAAGUGCGAGCAUACCUUGACUCACGUGGCAUCAGCUAUGAAAUAGUUGAAGUGGAUGCAGUCCUCAGGCAAGCCAUCAAAUGGUCAGCCUACAAGAAGGUGCCAAUAGUAUUGGCUAAAGUCGAUGAUGGAUACCAACAAUUAAUGGACAGCACAGCAAUUGUAUCGGUUCUGGAAACGUAUUUACGCGAUAAGAACUUACAGUUGCGAGACGUGAUUAAGUUCUACCCCGCCACGCGCUUCAAGAAUGAUGAGGGUAAACUCACUACUGACGUCACUAAUAAAUACUAUAUCAUGCAUAAUGCUCCUGUACCUGACGAACGUGAGAGGAAAGAAGAAGCUGAAGAACGCGAGUGGCGACAAUGGGCUGACCGAGUACUGGUGCACACCCUAUCACCAAACGUGUAUCGCACUUUCGACGAAGCUAUGGAAACUUUCAAGUGGUUUGAAGAGGCUGGCGGUUGGCGACAAUCUUUUCCCAGCUGGGAGUGCGCCCUGAUGGUCUACGGCGGAGCCACGGCCAUGUGGCUUAUUUCCAAAAGAUUAAAGUCUAGGCACAAUAUAGACGACGCUCGACAAGCCCUUUACAACGCGGCUGACAAAUGGAUGUUUGCCGUCAAGAAGAAGGGUACUCGGUUCCUGGGAGGCGACCAGCCGAACCUGGCCGACGUGACCGUGUAUGGCGUGCUCAGCAGCAUCGAGGGCUGCCGCGCCUUCCAGGACCUGCGCAGCAACAGCGACAUCGGCAAGUGGUACGACGACAUCAAAACCUCCAUCGAAAGGAGACGAGGUCAAGUAUUAGCAACCCAUGCCUAACUCCUCCGCGAGAAUAAGUAACUACGUAUAGAAUGAUUAUUUAAUUUGCAAGGGCGCACAUAUUUCCUGAGAUUAAUUUAUUACAUUACGAGUUUACUACUGUGUACUGUGUUUAGUGAACUUUGUACUUGUUUUGCCAUGUCAAACUAUCUAUAUUUGAGUACUGAGAUCGCUAUCACGACGGUUGCGAUAGUCCUCGCAAUGUGAUAUCUCUAUGACGGUGCGCUUAGAUAUUAUUUGAGUGAUAUGGAUGUUAAUCUUGCGACUGCUGGAAUAAUGAGAAGCAUUUCUUAGUUUAAAUUAAAAAACAUUUUUUUUUGUGAAAUCGCCGUAGUUCUAGUAUAUAAAACUAUAUUUAUUCUUGUUAUUACUAUGAAAUUGAACGCUUCUUUGAUGUUAGAUUGAAUACACAUAAAAAAAAUAUAAAAGUCAUAAUAGUUAUUGAGGUUUUAUCUUAUUUUAUGUGAUUUUACAUUUAAUUAAAACACUUUUGUCUUAUAAUU